GAAACUUCUUUUUUUUUUUUUUUUUUUUUUUUUCCCAACUGUGAUGUGAAACUCAGAUAAUUGCCUGUUCAACGUGAAACUCGUACUGCUCUAGAGAGUAGUUGACUCAUUUCAAGAGUAAGUGAUAAGCUUUCCAUUGCAAAAAAAAUUUACUAGCUUUGAUUACCUUGUUUGAACAAUGAUUGUUCGCUACGUUGUGAGUGCUGUCUUGAUCAUUGGACUGUCAAUACUCACCACCGUUGACGGCAGGGAUGUGCUGAAAUUACCGUCGGAAGCAUUGAAGUUUUUCAGUGGUGAAUACGAUGAUGAUUCAAUUGGUACUAAAUGGGCUGUGCUGGUUGCUGGAUCAAGAGGUUACUGGAAUUACAGGCACCAGGCAGAUGUUUGUCACGCAUAUCAGCUGUUGAAGAAAGGUGGCCUCAAGGAUGAAAAUAUUAUUGUGUUUAUGUAUGAUGACAUUGCUCAUAAUCCUGAGAAUCCUAGGCCAGGAGUCGUCAUAAAUAGCCCUAAUGGUGACGAUGUCUAUAAAGGAGUUCCAAAGGAUUAUACAGGGCAUCAUGUUACAGCCAACAACGUUCUUGCUGUUAUCCUUGGGGAUAAAGCCGCUCUUAGUGGAGGCAGUGGGAAGGUGGUGGAAAGUGGUCCGAAUGAUCAUAUCUUCAUCUUCUACAGUGAUCAUGGUGGUCCUGGAGUGCUUGGGAUGCCUAGUGGCCCUUAUCUGUAUGCUGAUGAUUUAAUUGACGCCUUGAAAAGGAAGCAUGCUUCAGGGACAUACAAAAGCUUAGUUUUUUACAUUGAGGCUUGUGAAUCUGGGAGUAUAUUUGAGGGCCUUCUACCUGAAGGUCUUAAUAUCUAUGCAACAACAGCAUCAAAUGCUGAAGAGGACAGUUGGGGAACCUACUGUCCAGGAGACUAUCCAGGUCCUCCUCCAGAAUACCAGACCUGCUUGGGUGACUUGUACGCUGUAUCUUGGAUGGAAGAUAGUGAAAAACACAAUCUUCAAAGAGAAACUUUAGGAAUGCAAUAUGAGCCGGUUAAAAGGAGAACUGCCAACUCGUUUACCUUUGCAAGUUCCCAUGUCAUGCAAUAUGGUGAUCUGAAGCUAAUGGAUGAUCCUCUUUCCCUUUAUAUGGGGACCAAUCCCGCAAAUGAUAAUCACACUUUUCUGGACGAGAAUUCCUCACUGCUCUCCGCAAAGCCUAUUAACCAACGUGAUGCAGAUCUUUUGCAUUUCUGGGACAAGUUCCUCAAGGCUCCUCAAGGUUCUAUUAGGAAAGUUGAAGCCCAGAAGCAGCUGACUGAAGCUAUGUCACACAGAAUGCACAUAGAUGACAGCAUUGCACUUGUUGGGAAGCUUCUAUUCGGAAGCGAGAAAAGUCCUGAGGUGCUGAUUAGAGUCAGACCUACUGACGAACCUCUUGUUGAUGAUUGGGAUUGUCUUAAAUCCUUUGUAAGAACAUUUGAGACACAUUGUGGAUCAUUAUCCCAGUAUGGAAUGAAACAUAUGCGUGCUGUUGCUAACAUAUGCAACUCUGGUAUAAAAAUGGAGCAGAUAGCCAAAGCAUCAGCACAAGCUUGUGUGAGUAUUCCUUCCAACUCUUGGAGUUCGCUCGACAAGGGAUUUAGUGCAUAGGACACACAAAUUCUGAUCUCUCAGGGUAUGAUCAUCUUGGUAUCAUUGUCUUCAUGUUUAUCUUUAUGUAAAAUGAUUGUAAAUAUGCCUUUUCUUAAAAAAACUAAUGUACAUUGGUUAUUAAAAAAAAUGAUUGUACAUAUGCUUCUUUCUUAACAUGGGGGUGAUCUUGUAUAAGUAAAGCUGACAGAUGUUUAUCACUUUGUUGUGUUAAUGCAUAUGAUUGAUAAGCAUUAAUUAUAA